UAUUCCUAUUUCACCGUCAUUUAUCUUAUAUUUUCUAUAGCGAUAGGGUCCUCUUUUAUUUUUGGGUCCGGUAUUCACCCCGCUGGUGUAAUAAUGAAUCUUUGAGCUUCAUAUGAAUUACGUCAUGAUUUUACAGAGGAAUUCAGGCCGUCUCUCUCCCUGCAACUAUUGUUAACCGUUUGUUCGUUAUUAUGCAGAAUUCCUAUGAAGAAGAAGCUAUGUUUGCUUGCUUUCUGUAACUUUAAAUAGUUCAAUUCUCCAAAAAAAGAAAAAAAGAAAAAAAAACAUUCAUAGGGAGAUGAGUCCUGACAAGGGCGGAGGAAGGAGCCUUCCAGUGGAUCCUAGCCUUCCAAGAUGGGUUUGCCAGAAUUGCCGCCAUCCAUUAUCCGUUGUAGGGGUCGAUUCAUAUGCUGAUAAGUUCUUUGGUGAUCCUUCUCGCUCAGGAAUGCAAGCUUCUUCAAUGCAUGGUGCUGGGAGCAUAUUGGGAUCGUGUAGAAUGGACAAUUCAUUUGUCAUGCUGCCAAAGCAAAGAAGUCCUGGUUUUCCUCCUCGUCCUCGCAGUUCAUCUCAGCAGCCUGGUAAUCUUGCUGUUUCAGGAAGUAUGAAUCCCCCUGGUCAGUAUGUUAUGCCAGAGAGACUCUCUACUACUCAAGGUGCAACCUCUACAACUGAUAGCCAUAGCAAUAAGGCCAUGGAAGAAUCCUUUGUGGUGUUGCCACCAGCUGCUGCUUCUGUGUACAAAGUUGAAUCUUCACCUGAAUGUGGCAUACCACUUACACCACCACCUGGAGGGGGCCUUGCUAGCCCUUCUAACAUGAGCAAUGCUGGGUUUAAUUCUAGUAUUACCGUGUUGAAACGUGCAUUUGACAUAGCCACUGCCCAGACACAGAUUGAGCAACCUCUAUGUUUGGAGUGCAUGCGUGUGUUGUCUGAUAAGCUAGAUAAGGAGGUUGAAGAUGUUAAUAGAGACAUUAAAGCCUAUGAAGCUUGCAUUCAACGCCUUGAGAGUGAAUCGCAUGGUGUUCUCAGUGAAACUGACUUUCUUAAGGAAAAACUAAAGGUUGAAGAAGAAGAAAGAAGGUUGGAGGCAGCAAUUGAAGAAAUUGAAAGGCAAUGUGCAGAGGUGAAUGCUGACCUUCAAGAGGUGGAGUUGAAAUCAAAGCGCUUCGAAGAGCUAGAGAAGAGGUAUUGGCAUGAGUUCAAUGAUUUCCAGUUCCAGCUUACAAUGCAUCAGGAAGAAAGGGAUGCUAUUUUAGCAAAGAUUGAAGUUUCCCAGGCACAUUUGGAAUUGUUGAAGCGAACAAAUGUGCUGAAUGAUGCUUUUCCUAUCUAUCAUGAUGGAGACUUUGGAACAAUUAACAAUUACCGAUUGGGCCGUCUUCCUAAGAUACCAGUUGAAUGGGAUGAAACAAAUGCUGCUUGGGGUCAGGCAUGCCUACUCCUUCAUACAAUGGCUCAGUAUUGUCGACCGAAGUUCUUAUAUAGAAUCAAGAUUAUUCCAAUGGGAAGUUACCCACGGAUAACGGACAGCAACAACAAUACAUUUGACCUGUUUGGUCCAGUGAACAUAUUUUGGAGUUCCCGCUAUGACACAGCAAUGACUUUGUUUUUGGCUUGCCUCAAGGAUUUUGCAGAGUUCGCAAAUUCUAUGGAUAAAGAAAGCGGCAUACCGUUAGAAGACUGCUUCAAGCUUCCUUACAAGAUUGAAAAUGACAAAGUGGAAAAUUACAGCAUCAUUAUGAGCUUCAACAAGCCAGAGAAUUGGACCAAGGCCUUGAAGUACACUUUGUGCAACCUGAAAUGGGUUCUCUUCUGGUUUGUUGGCAACACCGGUUUCCAGCCUCAUCGAGACCCUUCAGUAAACUUUCUCUCUACUCCAAAACUGGUCCCUGACUGAAGAUUGAAUCCGAGUUCCCACAAACACCCGAGAUCCUUGCAUUUAUAUAUUUUGAAUAUUUCAUAAUACUUCAAUGUAAAUACAAAGGGCCAUUAUGUGUUUCCCUGAGCAGCAUAGAUCACUUCAGUCAAGUACAUGAUUCACUGGUAAUCUUAAUAUUUUUCAUUUACCAUGGCUGCCUUAUCCGUAGUGGUUUAUAAAAGAAAUAAGACUAUCAAUACAUACAUUCUUGAAUGGAGCGUG